AUGAAGAACAGCAACCAAAAAAGAUUUGUUGGUUAUGGUGAUGUCGGUGGAGCAAUCUUAACAUUGUUAACAAAAAGGUCAGCACCUGCUAAUAGAAGAAUUAAGUUAUUAAAAAAGAGACAAGUUUAUCAAAAAUUUUAUUUUAUUUUAUUUGAUCAAUCUUUAUAUAAUAUGAAAUUAGUAAGAUUUUUAAUGAAAUUAAAUAAUGAGACUGUUACCAUAGAACUCAAGAAUGGUACUAUAGUACAUGGAACUAUUACAGGUGUAGAUAUGAGUAUGAAUAUACACCUUAAAACUGUUAAAAUGACAGUAAAAAAUAAAGAUCCGGUUAAUUUAGACUCUUUAAGUAUUAGAGGCAACACUAUUAGAUAUUUCAUUUUACCUGAUUCUCUUCCGUUAGAUACAUUGCUGGUUGAUGAUGCUCCAAAAGCUAAAGCCAAAAAGAAAGAGGGUGGUGGCGGUGGCGGCGGUUAUAAUGGAGGAGGAAGAAGAUAUGAUAAUUACAAUAAUUAUCAAAGAGGAGGUGGUCAUCCUCCAAAAUACUAUACUCACUUGAAAGAAGCAGACGAAAACUAA